AGAGUCGCAGACUACAGAGCCAAUCAACAAAUAUCUCUUUAAAACUCUCCAUCUCUCUCUCUCUCUUCGUGUUUCAGUUUGGGCCAGUUUCUUGGUCUGUGCCACACUCACAUGCCAAUCCUUAAUCUCUUCGAAUCUCAAAGUUUGCUGAUCUGGGUACCCUAUGUUUCUUCUCCUUUAGAUCAUAGUUUUUGAUGGUUUAAAAUCUUUUCGUUUUUUUUCUUUUAUAGCUCUAACUGUACAAAUCUACUGACUGAGGAAAACCCACAUCGUUUCUGGUCAUUUCUGAGUCUGCUAUGACUUCCUUAACGGAUUCAAAGUGUUGGGUUUCUUGUUGAAGAUGCAACAAACACUUUUUUCAUAUAAGAAUAUUGCAUGAACUUUUCUUCUGUGGAGUUUUGAGAUAUGGGGAGAGGUAGAGGAAAGGGAAAGAGGUUAACUGUCACCAAUCAUGAUGAUCCUGGAAGCGGCGAGGAAGAGAAAAUACCCGCACAAAAGAGAAGAGGAAGACCACUAAAGCCUUUAAAGGAUGAGAUUGAUGAAGAAGAAAUAGAAAAAGUAGAAGCAGAUGAUAUUGAGAAUGCAAAGGUGGGUAUUCCAAGUAAGGAGAUAAAAAGCCCCUCUGCAGCAGAGAAUGGAAAGAAGAGGAAGCGGUAUUCACAGGCCAAGGAGAAGUCAGAUUCAGUGAAGGAGGAAAACGGUAAUGGAACACGAUCAAGUACAGAUGACUCAACUAAAUCUAAUGGAUUUCGGCAUAAUGGGAGCAGGCGGAAAAAUAAACCCCGUCGAGCCGCUGAGGCUGGGGUUGAAUGCAAGUGAGGUUGUGGUUACGUAUUGCGCUGGUUUCUUGUGUUCCACAUUGCCAGAGCAAUCACAGGACAGGAAGUGAGACCUAGUAAAUCUCUAGUUUUUCUUCUUUUUUCUGGUUAAUUGUUCUUUCUUUGGUAAUUUCGUUCCUGAUUCGUUUUUGAUUUAUUUGUGAAAUUCGGAAUGCAUUCUGAUGAUAUUUUAAAUUUUGACUAUUUGAUUUCUUUGUCUUGUCUUGUAUAAUUUUCAGAACAUAUUUAAGCAGUUUCUGUCUCUCA